UGCUAUAAAAAUAGCAAUGGAGUGGAGGAUUAUACUACCCAUCCUUUGUCUGAUUGGGAUCCUACAUCUGCCUGGAAAUGUUGUUUCUCAAGGUACACUUGCACCUUCAAUUGUUACUACAACAACUACACCUACAACUGUGACUACAGAAACUACAGCUUCAAAUUUAACUUUUGUAAUUCCACCUACUACUGCGACUUCGGAAACUACACCUUCAAAUCUGACUUCAGAAACUACAUCUUCAAAUGCGACUUCGGAAACUACACCUUCAAAUGUGACUUCGGAAACUACACCUUCAAAUGUGACUUCGGAAACUACACCUUCAAAUGCGACUUCGGAAACUACACCUUCAAAUGUGACUUCGGAAACUACACCUUCAAAUGUGACUUCGGAAAUUAAACCUUCAAAUGUGACUUCGGAAAUUAAACCUUCAAAUGUGACUUCGGAAACUACACCUUCAAAUGUGACUUCGGAAACUACACCUUCAAAUGUGACUUCGGAAACUACACCUUCAAAUGUGACUUUGGAAACUACACCUUCAAAUGUGACUUCGGAAACUACACCUUCAAAUGUGGCUUCAGAAACUACACCUUCAAAUGUGACUUCGGAAACUACACCUUCAAAUGUGACUUCGGAAACUACACCUUCAAAUGUGACUUCGGAAACUACACCUUCAAAUAUGACUUCGGAAACUACACCUUCAAAUGUGACUUCAGUAAAUACACCUACAACUGCGACUUCAGCUACUAUACCUACAACUGCAACUUCAGCAACUAUACUUACAACUGCGACUUCGGAAACUACACCUUCAAAUGCCACUUCGGAAACUACACCUUCAAAAGUGACUUCAGCAACUACACCUUCAAAUAUGACUUUGGAAACUACACAUUUAAAUGUGACUUCGGAAACUAUAAAUUCAAAUGUGACUUCGGAAACUACACCUUUAAAUGUGACUUCAGUAAAUACACCUACAACUGCGACUUUAGCUACUAUACCUACAACUGCAACUUCAGCAACUAUACCUACAAUUGCAACUUCGAAAACUACACCUUUAAAUGUGACUUCAGUAACUACAGCUAUAACUGUGACUUUAGAAACUACACCCUCAAAUGGGACUUCAGUAACUAAACCUACAACUGCGACUUCAACAGCUUCACCUACAGCUGCGACUUUGGAAACUACGCCUUCAACUGCGACUUCAGCAACUACAUCUACAACUGCAAUUUUAGCGACUACAACUGCGACUUCAGCAACUACAUCUACAACUGCAAUUUCAGCAACUACACCUUCAACUGCAACUUCAGCAACUACAUCUACAACUGCAAUUUCAGCAACUACACCUUCAACUGUGCCUUCAGCAACUACAUCUGCAAUUGCGAUUUUAGCAACUACACAUUCAACUGAGAUUUCAGCAACUACACCUUCAACUUCGACUUCAGCAACUACAUCUACAACUGCGAUUUCUGCAACUACACCUUCAAUUGAUACUUCAUCAACUACACCUUCAACUGCAACUUCAGCAACUACACCUUCAACUGCGACUUCAGCAACUACACCUUCAACUGCGACUUCAGCAACUACACCUUCAACUGCGACUUCAGCAACUACACCUUCAACUGCGACUUCAGCAACUACACCUUCAACUGCGACUUCAGCAACUACACCUUCAACCGCGACUUCAGCAACUGCACCUUUAACUGUGACUUCAGCAACUACACAUUCAUCUGCAACUUCAGCAACUACAUCUACAACUGAGACUUCAGCAACUACACCUUCUUUUGAAACUUCAGCAACUACACCUUCAACUGCGACUUCAGCAACUGCACCUUUAACUGUGACUUCAGCAACUACACAUUCAUCUGCAACUUCAGCAACUACACCUUCAUUUGUGACUUCAGCAACUACAUCUACAACUGAGACUUCAGCAAAUACACCUUCAUUUGCAACUUCAGUAACUACACCUUUAACUGAGUCUUCAGCAAUUACACAUUCAACUAUGACUUUGGCAACUACACCUUCAACUGUGACUAGAGCAACUACACCUUCAACUGUGACUAGAACACCUACACCUUCAAAUGCAACCACAGUAAUUACACCUUCAACUGUGACUAGAGCAACUACACCUUCAACUGCAACUACAGUAACUACACCUUCAACUGUGACUAAAGCAACUACAACUUCAACUGCAACUACUACAGUAACUACACCUUCAAGUACAACUAGGUCAAAUUCAGCUUCAACUGUGACUGGAUCAGCUUCAUCUUCAACCGGAGGGAAGUCUACAGCUGGAACAUAUCAAACUACAACAACACCACCACCUGCCAAUCUUGGAGUUAUUUCUUUAAGUUUCAAGCUUACUGACACAUUCCAGGCAGUCUACACUGACCUCAAUAAUGCAGUGACCAAAGCGUAUGUAGAAAAUAUUAAAUCUCAGUUUUAUCCAGUUUACAAGAAACGUUAUCCAAACUACUUUGGGAUGAUUAUUAAUAAGUUGAGUGCUGGCUCUGUUGCGGCAGAUUCCACCCUUCAAUUUGAUACCACCAGUUCCACUACUCCUAAUGCAACAGAUGCAAAAAACACACUCAUUCAAGCAAUUAACAGUGGAGGCAUCAACUUAACAAUUGAUAAUACAUCUAUCACUGCUGUGCAAGUCUCAAGCAACGGAACGAGCACAGCGGCUUCAUCAACUGCUAUAACUCAAACUACAACAGUAGCCACAACGGUCUUAGUCCUAGCCAACUAUAAUAUCACCUUCAAAAUAUUAGGCGUCUUUAUCAGUGAUCUGGCGAACCUCAGCUCUAAUGCAGCUGGUAAUCUGGCACUGGUGGUCAAUAGUCAGCUGUCUGGGUUUUUCAGCAAUUUCAGAGGCUUCUAUCAGACAAACGUUUGGCGGUUCAGGAAUGGCUCCAUUGUAGCAGAUGCUUGGCUUGCAUUUAUCAAAAACAUCAAUGCUCCUAAAGCAACAGAGCUGGCUGAACAAUUUGCUGCUGCUGUUAGAAACCAAACAUUCUUAUUGCCAAUUGAUCCUACAACUAUCAAAGUCACAGACUUCACAGGAUUCACUGCCAACAAGUCUCCGGUGCUGGCUAGUAUGCUAACAGCAUUGUGGAUGACCUUAGCAUCCCUUCUGUUUUCAGCUGUGAUGCACUAAGCUUCACAUUCACUUCAGCAAAAACACGACAUCAUGCUACUACACAAUAAUCAUGGCUGUGGUCACACUCAGAAUCAGAAAAUCAAGGUGUAAACAAGUGAAAAUAUGAUCUAGCUUUAUCAUUUACUAGUCUUUCUUUCGCAUUUAGAGCCCGGUGAUACAUAUGGUUGUGUGUGUUAUGGUAAUUUGGUCUCUGCUUUAUAAAAAGUACAUUGUUACUCAAUGCACAUUGAGGAAUAAUGAGGAUUGGUUUAUUGAAACCAAAUCUGAACAAUCCUCUAUGCCACAGAAAUGGCACAAGUGAAAUUUAAACAACUAUU